AUGACGCAAGCUAUGGACGUCGCAGCAGCAGGAGAAGAGACCCGCGUGGGAGCGCUCACCAGGCUCAAGCACAACACGACCGCUGGGCUCGAGGUCAACAUGGCCGAACCCUCGACCAACGAGGCCGACGCCGAGUGGGGGCAGGUCUUCUCGGCCGGGGAGAGCGCCCGCAGCUUCGUGGAAGCCGAGGUGAUCUCCGCCAUCGAGUACGACCGCUCGGGAGACUUCCUCGCCACAGGCAACAAAGGCGGCCGCGUCUCCAUCUACUGCCGCCACGGGAAUCCAGCAUCGAACCAGAGCAUGUUUAGCAGCGGCUCCAAUGACCCGCAGUACCAGCUCUACACCGAGUUCCAGAGCCACAACGCCGAGUUCGACUACCUCAAGAGCCUCGAGAUCGAGGAGAAAAUCAACCAGAUCAAGUGGUGCCGACCGUCCAACGGGUCCCAGUGCUUACUGUCUACGAAUGAUAAGACCAUCAAACUGUGGAAGAUCCACGAGCGCAGUGUGCGUGAGGUCACGACGUUCAACGAGCAAGGCCUCGCCCACGUCCCGCGGGCGAAUAUUACGCCGGCACUCAUUCGUCUGCCGCAAACGCAUGUCCGCGGCCACGUGACAACAUCCACCGCAAAGCGCGUCUACGCGAACGCGCACACGUACCACAUCAACUCGAUCGCGAUCAACAGCGACGGAGAGACAUUCAUGUCGGCGGACGACCUGCGCGUGAACCUCUGGAGUUUAGGAAACUCGGACCAAAGCUUCAACAUUGUGGACAUCAAGCCAGCGAACAUGGAGGAGCUCACGGAGGUUAUCACGGCUGCGGACUUCCACCCAACACACUGCAACACGAUGAUGUACAGCACAAGUCGCGGGUCCAUCAAGCUUGGGGACAUGCGCCAGGCAGCGCUGUGCGACUCGUACUCCCAAGUGUUUGAAGAGCAGGAGGACCCCGAGGCACGAAGCUUCUUCUCUGAAAUCAUUGCCUCCAUCUCGGACAUCAAGUUUUCUCCGGACGGUCGCUACAUUAUUGCGCGCGACUUCCUAACAUUGAAAGUCUGGGACAUUAACAUGAACUCGCGUCCUGUCCAAACAAUCAACAUUCACGAACACCUUCGUCCACGGUUGGGAGAUCUGUACGAGAGCGACUGUAUCUUCGACAAGUUCGAGUGCGCGGUUGGCGGGGACGGCAACAACUUCAUCACGGGCUCGUACAACAGCGAGUUCCAUAUUUAUGACCGCUAUGGGCGCGCCGACAUUUCGAUCACCCCGCGCACCGCGCGUGUGAGUCGUCGCCACUCAAUGCCGCAGCGAGGCCUCGCGCAUCAGAUCGCCGCAAUGCCCGCUCCCGGCGACCCAGACGCGUUGGAUUUCUCGAAGAAGAUCUUGCAGACCAGCUGGCACCCGUCACUGAACGAGGUGGCCGUCUCCAUCCGCAACAGCCUCUUCGUAUAUGCUUCGUAAGUGCUUCGGAUACGGUGUCGCGAAAAAAAAAAUCAUGGGAAUCUCCAGCGGUAAGAGAACACAGC